AACACGUUUACGAAUAGUGAGUCAAAUACGUGCCACCGGACAACAUAUAUCACACGCUUUCCCUCUGUUGGUUCUGUGGUUCUGUGAUUGUGUCUGCGUGCGGGAGUGACUGUGUUAAAAAGUCUCUCUCGCUCGCUCUCUCAUCGCCUAUCAUCCCGGUGAGGCGAGCGAAAGCCGUGAAGAUGACAGUCACCAAGGGCUCGGUCAGGCAGUUCCGCGGCCAGGACUACGCCAAGCUGCGGAGUCGGUGCCUGGCCGCGAACACGCUCUUUGAGGACCCCGAAUUCCCCGCCAGCGAGAAAGCUCUGGGCAGCGAGAAAUGUGCCGAGUGGAUGCGACCGACGGAGAUAAUGGAUGCGCCCAAAUUCAUGGUGGACGCGGACAGGUUUUCAGCGAUACAAGGCGAUCUGGGUGACUGCUGGUUCGUGUCGGCCCUAACGGCCGUCACCCUCAACCCGGAGCUCCUGCGUCGAGUUGUGCCUCGGGACCAGAGCUUCUCCGAUCAGUACGCAGGGAUCUUCCACUUCAGGUUCUGGCAGGGCGGGGAGUGGGUGGACGUGGUGGUGGAUGACCGUCUGCCAGUCAAUUACCUCAAUCAGCUGUGUUUCUCCCACUCCAGCAACGCCGAAGAGUUCUGGUCCGCGCUCCUCGAGAAGGCCUACGCCAAGCUGCACGGCUCCUACAGUGCCCUGGGCGCCGGGAAGUGCUUCGAGGCCACCGAGGACCUGACGGGGGGCGUGACGGAGAGGUUUCAGCUGACGGAUGACGCUGCGACGGCUGACCUGUUCUCCAUCAUGGUGCGCGCCAGCCAGCGAGGCUCACUCCUCACAUGCAGCGUGCCCUCGUCCAAGAAGGCGGCCUCGGACCCCCGCGAGAAGGGCCUCAUCUCCAGCCACGGGUACUGCGUGACAGGGGUGAGGCGUUGCAAGGUGAACGUCCCCUGGAAGGACUAUGUGGACCUCGUACGCCUCAGAAACCCAUGGGGAGACGAGACGGAGUGGUGCGGCCCGUGGAGUGACGAUUCGGAGGAGUGGGGUCUGGUGUCUGCCGAGGAGAGAGGGAGACUGGAACACACGGUGGCGGGGGACGGGGAAUUCUGGAUGGCAUACGAGGAAUUCAAAAAGAACUUCGACGAGCUCUACAUCACAAGCCUCAACCCGCAAAGCCUGGAGGACUCGGCUCGCCAGCAACUGUUCACGCUGUCCGAGGUGGUGCAGGAGGUGCUCAUGUACCCGGAGAAGGUCAAGGCGGGACACCACGCCAGUAAGAGGUGGGAGGAGGUGAACUACAACGGCAGCUGGGUCAGGAACUCUACCGCGGGAGGGCGACCCCAAACAGGAGGACUGGACCUGUUCAGCAGCAACCCGCAGUACUUGCUCCACCUGACGGAGGCCGACGACAUGCUGGAGGUGGAGGAGGCGGGGGUGGGGCAGCGGGGCGGGGAGGGCGGCACGUGCACGGUGGUCAUCUCCCUCAGCCAGAAGAACAGGCGCGCCAACAACCUCGACCUCCUCACCGUGAGCCUCUGCGUGUACGAGGUGGAGAAGGAACGAGCACGGCGCCCCCUGUCAGCCUCCUGGUUCGCCCGUCACCUCGCUCUCAACCGCCUAGUGUUCAAGAAGACCCGCACCGUCACCUUCCGCCUGCGGCUGCCCCCCGGCCACUACGUCCUCGUCCCGUGCACCUACGAGCCAAACAACGAGGGCGACUUUCUCCUGCGGGUCUUCUGUGAGAAGGCCGCCACCAUGGAGGAGAACGACGAGGAGGCGAAGAUUCUGGACUUGCAGGACGACGAGCUGACGGGCGACACAGUGGACAGCGGCGUGGCGGUGGAGCAGCGAUGCAACCUGCGGGAUGUGUUCUGGAGGGGCGCGGGGAUGGUCGGCAGUAUUGGUGCGAGGAAGCUUAUGGACGUUCUCAACACCGUGUUCUCGGACGAGGUGGAGUUCUCGUUGGACCUGUCCCGCAGCCUCCUGGCCAUGGUGGACCGGGACCUCUCCGGCGGCGUGGACUACUACGAGUUCGAGCCGCUGGUCUUCUCGCUGAGGCGCUGGGUGGACGUGUACAACCGUAAGAAGCACCAGGAGGAUGGCACUUUCUCCGGUCACGCCUGGCAGCUUGGCGACGCCCUCAAGGAGCUCGGUUACCAGGUGCCGCGUCGCCUCCAGGGGCUGGUGGUGGUGCGCUACGGCGACGACGAGGGCAACAUAUCCCUCAACGACUUCCUGAUGGCCACCUGCAGGAUCUCCGUCAUGCUGGAGAGGUUCCAAAAACACAGCGGAGGACCGAAGUGUGAGCAGGCAACCCUCCUCCUCAACGACUGGCUACAGGACACCCUCUACUGCUGAAACUACUACUACUACUACUGCUACUACCACCUCUACUACUACUACUACGACUACUACUACUGAAACCGAUGCCAGUGAUAGUUUACUUAAUGGCGCUUCUGUGAUUUAAUUAAGGUAAUACAAGACACUGUUCACUGCU